AUGGAACACUGGCGGGCCCAUGUUAACGAGAUUUUUACAGAACUGCGUCGAAAGACACAGAGGUCUUCUACGCCCACCGUGCCCAGGCCCUUCAUCACCAGAGGGGAGAUAAAGCGAAUAUGGGAGACAAAUGAUCGCAUCAGGAAGAUCAUCGGGGAGGACUCUCCUGCCGGCUUACACGCGGUGAUCAAAGACAAGCUUCUCGUGAUACUCUCGGUGCUUAUUGACAUCAAUGCAGUAGAGACUCUCCAGAACUUCCACCAGAAAUUGUUUGCCACGGACGAUCCUCUGCAGCCACUUUGUACUGAUGAAGAAAUGCCUCUGUCCCGGAAAAAAAUCAGUCAAUUCCUGCCAUUUCUCUCGGAAGUGGCGCUAUUCAAAGAGAAGCAGAAUAAAUUCUGCCCGGUCAUUAUCGCCUGUUCCGAACUUUUCUUGACCCCUAGCGAAGACCGUCCACUUCCGUUCCAAGGAUUGGUCGGACUGCUGGGGAGGGGUUCAUAUGGAUCGGUAUAUGCGGUGAAGAUAGCUGCUGAGUGCUUCAGAGACGAAAAAGGCAUGUUGUACAGCGAUCCCUUCCAGGUCGCCUGCAAAAAGCUGGAUGAACACGCCAACUUUGAGACAGAGAUGAGAAAUCUAUGCGUCUUACGCAACAGUCGCAGGUCACAGAGCCACAUUCUCCAGGCUUUCGCGAUGAUCAGUCAUGGAGAUAGCCGCUAUAUUCUCACGCCCUACGUCGAGUAUGGCGAUUUGUAUGGUUUUCUGAACGAAGGGCAGCUUGGAGACACCGAGAUCUAUGACUUUCGGAGUAGAUUUCCGCGGGUGUCGCUAGACAGAGGGGACCCGUCAGUUUUUGAGCCCCUUCUGCAACAGUGUCGACAUCUUGCAGAUGCAAUCAGGUGGCUGCAUGAAGAGGUCACUACAGAGACGGGAAAGAGGAUCUACUUUACACAUAUGGACCUCAAGCCAGACAACAUAUUGAUCGGACAUCAUCCGGGCUCAACGGUGGGCAAAUGGAUCAUAUCGGACUUUGGUAUAUCGGUGCCCCGAGAAUCACCGCCACAAGCGUCUGCUAUCAUGAGUCGCGAAUUUACUAUCUAUACGCAUCCGAAGAGAGCUAGGGGAACAUACCAAGCACCGGAGUUUAAAAGCCAUAGCGGCGUCGGUCGGAAAAGCGAUGUGUGGUCAUUUGCGUGUAUCCUAAGCAUGGUACUUGCGUGGGCCAUAGGGAGAAAGCAGGGCGUUCGCGACUUUGCAACUAAGCGAAAAAAGGGAGGCCUUCUGGACUUAUUCUACGAAGUCAUCAGUGGGUCUGAUAGAGAGCUACGGUAUAAAGUCAACACCUCGGUCAUCGAGUGGCUAAAUAACAUCGAGAACACCCCUCAGCCUCAUCGCAUCGCAGGAUGCUGGGCAGCAGCAAUCCAGGAACUUCUAAUCGUCGAACCCCAAGAAAGACCCGAUUCGACCCAAUUACUUAAGCGCAUGAACCACGUCUACGAGCACUGUGAUUAUUUGUCCUGUUCUCAACAGAAUGAGGUAUACGAGAAUUGCCGUUCGAUAUGUCCAGAGAUAGGCGGAUGGGUACCCUCGGUGGCCCCCGAUGCGGAUAUGCCACGAGCCCUUGGUCACCUCGCUCGAGUCAGGCCUAUUCUGAGGCUGUUGGAGCAGCUGUCGCCCUCCAGCAUACCACCUGAAGAGAUCACAGCUAUCGGAAGACACAUCGCGCGACGCGAGGCUAUGGUAGCAGUCUCCCGCACAACCUAUAAUGGCAAGGUCCCAGUGGUAUAUGUCGCAUGGGGACUCCUUCUUGCUUUUGACCUCGACCUAGAGAAAUGUUCGUCUAUACCUCGCGGUUUGUGGAGAAUCGCCGAGGCUGGUGACAGAGACUGGAAGGAGGGGGUCACAGUGGAAGGACCUUACUUCUGUGCGUGGGGUUACUGCAGUACGCGGCGACGGAUGCAGUGUGUACUCGGACACUUGGAUAGAAUUUCCGAGCGUGUUGACGCAUCAUCCGAUGCUCUACAACGGCUCAAGUUAGUGGCCAUGUCUGCUCGAGGAGCGGCGGCUUUUGUCCGCAGCAACGAUAUAAUUGUCCGUCCCACCUGGGACGAUCCAUCAAAUGAGAUUCGCUUGCGGUGCUCCGAGGAGGACAAGCAGAGGUUCAUGCAUGCUGUGUUUGACAAGUCAGGGAACCGCCUAUAUGCAUGGGCUCAGGGAACUUAUAUAGAUUCCCUCUAUCUCUGGAAGCGCACCGGAACUACCAGACUGGAGCAACUGUCGGUAACUCACUAUGAGCGGAGGGGAGCGCGAGUGCCCAUGGUCCCAGUUUACAAGCUGCAAGCGGGCUGUACGAUCAUGCCCUACGAAUUACAGCCGGGCUGCGUGUUUGUAGCAACUGACCGGCGGGAGUAUUUCUCCCUGGUUCUGCAAGGCCCCCCUGGAGAGACCUUCGAGGAGAAAAUGCGCAUUGUCUUUAAAAACACUCUAGAUAGUGUUAUGUGUGGAGACAACGUUUUGAUCUGCCUCGAGAAGAGCUAUAUCCAUUUCCGGCUUAAGGAGUGUCAGCUACGCCAGGGAGCAGACGCUGUCAUCGGUUCCAUAAGAGAGCUUUGCAAGCUUCAGUCUCAUUACGAAGAAUCUUCUGUGCUGCGAGCCUUCAUAACAAGGACUGGACAAGUCGCUGUGUUGUGCAAUGCUGAUAGCACGGUUGAGUUCGUGGAAUUUUCAGAAUGA